AUGAGGAUCGGUCACCCAGCGCGCGAGAAGCCCGUGCACAACGGCCCUUCGCUGCCGCUGCACGAGGUGAGUCGGACCCACAUGGGCGCCUACCUCUGCAUCGCCUCCAACGGCGUCCCGCCCUCCGUCAGCAAGAGGAUCACCUUGGACGUGGAGUGUUAUCCCCCACAGAUCCACGUGCCAAACCAGCUGGUGGGGGUGCCAACGGGAGAUAACGUUACAAUUGAGUGCUUCGUCGAGGCAUUCCCCAAGGCGAUCAGCUACUGGGUGCGCAGAGAUAUGAUGAUCCUGAACUCAGGGAAAUACCGAGCGGAGACGAACGAGUCAACUUAUCGUAUCCACAUGAAGCUCACCAUUUUUAACUUCUCUCGCGACGACAACACCACAUACAAGUGCGUCGCCAAGAAUUCUCUCGGGGAGACCGAAGGAGACAUCAAACUGAACGAAAUCUACAUGCCACCCAAAGCAAAGGAGAUUCGUAGUGGCAACGCGAAAAGUGAGGACCUGACUCACAACGCCCGGGGGAGUCGCGGCGGAGACGACGACUACCAGCACAGCGACCUCCGUGGAGAGUCCUCGCGGUGACGGACUCUAUGACAACUCCCCGCCGGUCCGCAGUCCGCCCACCGACCAGCCACGUCUCAGCCGCAGACUUGAGUGGCGGUGGCGUGGAGUCAGCGGGGUCUCCAGCCAGUCUGCUGCCUCUGCCGCUCCUGCUGGCGUCCUGUCUGCUGACGCUGGCACUGCCGUGACCCUCUCCUGCUCCUGUUUACAGCGCUGACACAGCUGACGUCCCACGGCGACCCUCCACCUCCGAUGACCCCCGCGGCCGUCGUGUCAGGCGGUCAAUUCGAUCACAUCCCCGAGCGGAGACAUGGCUGGCCGGGAGGGUUGGGGGGGAGACCCGCUCUCCCCUCCGCCCUUCCUCGCCUCC